CAGAGCGCGACUGGGCAGAGGCGAGCGUGCGCGAGUUAAGCGUGAGAGGGUGAACUGCACGUGAAGAGUCGAAAAUGGCAUCGACACAAGAAGCAGAAAUUAUAUUUGCUCAGAAACUAGCAUCCAAUGAGAAGCCCAUCAGGAGUAAAGCUUUACUGAAACUGCGUAAAUACAUCAGUGUCCGAUCAGAGAAAGGUGGAUUCAGUGAAGAUGAACUAUUAAAGAUUUGGAAAGGCCUUUUUUACUGCCUUUGGAUGCAAGAUCUGCCUCUGUUACAGGAAGAACUGUCGACAAAAAUAUCGGCACUGCUCCACAGCUUCCGGACCGUUGACAGUCAGUUCCUGUAUUUUAAAACAUUUCUUCAGACUAUGAAGAGAGAGUGGAACGGUAUUGACAGACUUCGAAUGGAUAAAUUCUAUCAGUGUGUCCGCUUUGUCUUCCGGGAAGUGUUUGAAAUGCUGAAACGACACGACUGGAAGCCAAGUGUGGUGAAUGAGUUUUUAGAGCUGAUCUCAGGACAGCUUUUGCAGAGCUCCAGCUCCGCUCCGUCCGGACUUAUUCUUCACAUCCUGGAUCUUUAUUUGAAUGAACUUGCUCUCAUCGGUUCAGCUACGCUCACGGCCGAACAGAACCAAGCCUUCAUUGAGCCCUUCUGCAAGGCAAUGGCCAAAACCAAAGAUCGAGUGCUGUUGAAGGCCAUCGGAAGCAACAUCUUCAACACCAUUGUGGAUCAGGUUCCUUUCGCCAUCGAGGAUCUGCUGAGAGAGAUUCGGCAAAAUGAAGGACGGGAAUCUGAAUCUGAAGACGAAGAGUCUGGCAAUGAUCAGAUGAAGAUGAAAGCUGCAGAAGAUGAUGAUCAUGAGGAGGACAGUAGUGAUUUGGGGGACGAUUUUUCUUAUGAGAAGGAUGUCAAAGGUGGAGCUGAAUGUGAAGCCGUUCUUCAGUUUGACUAUGGUGCGAUAGCUGACAGACUAUUUCAGUUGGCCAGUUACACAAAUAUCCCGAGCUUCAACCGCUCAAAGAUCUACAAGUUUGUGAAAAUUUUUAGAGACUUGACCGAAGGUGUUUUCCCUCAGGAUGAGGUGGAGGACGUCUCUAGUGAGGAGGAUGAUGAUGAUGACAACAGGAGGAGAAGGAAGAAGAAGAAGAGAUUAAACAAACAGUCACAGGAGAAGACAGACAAAGCAGAUACAGAGAGCUCAGAGAUAACACCUGAAACAGAUCCAUCAAAAAAGAAGAAGAAAAAGGGAAAGAAGAGACGUUUAAAGGGUAUCGAAGAUCAGACUGGUUCAGAUGUGGACAGACCCAUGAUAGAGACGGUCAACGUUCCUGCCUCUAAACCACUGAACAACCACACAAAAAAGAAAGCCAAAGGUUUAUUGGUCAAUGAAGAGCAAAGCAAACACAUGAUUACAAUCACUGAUCCUCCAAAAGAACAGCCGGAUUCAUCUGAUCUCAGAUCAGUGAAGAAACAGAAGAAGAGGAAGAAGAAUGAAAGUGAAUGUGGAGCAGAUGAGGACCUCAGCGUCGUUCCUCCUGCACUGCAGAUGAAGAAAAGAAAACUGAAGAAAAAGCAAAGAUGCGCUGGUGAUGGAGAAACCACAGGUGACUGUUCACAGACGGACGAUAAACAAACUCACACGUUACACACAGACACCACGGCACCUGAUCUCUCCACAACAACACUGAAGAAGAAAAAGAAAAAGAAAACUUCUACAGAUGACCCGUCAGAUGUCACAGAAGAGAAGACAAAAAACAAGAUGAAGGUGAAAAAGAGCAAAAUAAAAAAGAAAGCUGUGAGGUCUGAAGAGUGCAGAGAAUCGGAUGAGACCGCAGAGACGCUUCAUAUAGAUGAGAAACAAACACAGAGUCAUGAAAACACAGAAACAAACACUGUGAAUAAGAAGAAGAAGAAGAAAUUGAAAUCUGUGGAGAUAAAUGGAGAAACAAAUGAACGCGUGAGGAGAAAGAGAAACAUCAUGAACGGACACGCAGAACCAGAGAGUGUAAAGAAACAAAAAAUAGUUAGUGAGUCUGAUAAACCUACCAAUCAGAUGAACACUAAAGGUUUUGCGUUUAGUCCAAAGAAAAGUCCCACUGCUCUCUUCUGUCGAUCUGCAGGUUUUAUCACUCCUGUGUGUAAGAAACAGAGUUUGAGGAUUUCCAAAUCGGAAACAAAAAAGGUGACCUUUGGGCUGAAGAAUAAUAAAACAAUGGAAUUCAGAAAGAUGGACCGAAGCUCACUGUUAAGUCCCGCCGGUCGGUCACAAGUUGCUUUUGACCCCAAGAAAACACCAAAAUCUGGUGUGUUAAAAUCACCCACAUCAUCACCAGCCAUCCGGAGAAGAUCCACAGCUGCAGAUUUCUUUUAAAAUAAAAAACUUCCACAACUUUAUACAGUCAUUUCCUAUGAAACCUAAGCCCAUAUGUUUAAAGCUGUUUUAUAUUAAGAUUCUUUUGUAAAGUUAAAGCUGCCGUGUUUUAAAACAUCUGUGUGUUUCAUGAACUGGUUAAUAUUGAAUUCAAGCUUUUAAAAUAAGAGUUUUAUAUUUUAAUAUACAAGGGCUGUAAGAAGUAAACCCAGAUGAUUCAAAAAAUAAAAUCUAUAAACAGCUUGUGUAAAAAUGGAUGAUAAUCAGUUUCUAAAGAACUAAGAACUGAGUGAAGUACAAACUAAUUUAGUCUUCACAACAUGAAUAAAGGAAGAUGAGUUUUUA